AUGGUUUCCGGUCCGCUCGUGCCGGUGCAGACCCGGUCCUCCUCAAACCGACCGAACCGGGACGCGGAACAGGUGGACAGGAUGUGGACCCGGGUGCUGCUGAUUCUGUUGGGGGCCGUGGUCCCGGUCCGGGUCCAGGAGCUUCCGAACACCGGGGUGAACGGCUUCAGCCUCCACCCGCCCUACUUUAACCUGGCGGAGGGAACCAAGAUCACCGCGACCGCGACCUGCGGAGAGGACGAGUCCGGCAGGAGCCAGCAGGACCUGUACUGCAAACUGGUGGGGGGCCCGGUGUCCGGGGACCCGAGCCAGACCAUCCAGGGUCAGUACUGCGACAUCUGUAGUCAAGGAGACGGGGAUCGCGCCCACCCCAUCACCAACGCCAUUGAUGGGACGGAGCGAUGGUGGCAGAGUCCUCCGCUGUCCCGCAGCACCGAGUUCAACGAGGUCAACGUCACCCUGGACCUUGGACAGUUGCACUCGUCCGGUCACUGCCACUGUCGGCCCAACUACAGCGGAGCGUCAUGUGACAGUGUGCACCUGGAUACUAUGGCUAUCCCAGCUGUACCCCGGCCAGUGCCUGAAGGCUCUCGUUACUCCAGCUGUGAUCAUGUGACCGGACAGUGUGUGUCUGCACCACGUGGGUACGUGUCACCCUGUGGGCUCGGUGCAGGAGGCCACACCCCUCCCAGCGUCGUGUGUGAGUGUCGGCGCCACGUGGAAGGUCCGGCCUGCGACAGAUGUCGACCUUUGUUCUGGAACCUGUCGCCGGACGUCCUGAAGGAUGCACCGCGUGGCCGGAACAGUGAGCGGAGUCGCAGAGUGUGCACAGGAAACGGUCAGUGUCACUGUAAACCCAACGUCUGCAGCGGAACCUGCUCCACGUGUAAGGACGGAUUCUACAACCUGCAGGACCACAGCUACUUCGGCUGCCAAGGUUGGUCAGUGCGACAUUGGAGCUCGACGGGUCAGUCCUGCGGUGAGAGGAACGGUCGGUGUCGCUGCCGGCCCAACGUGGAAGGACCCAAGUGCAACCUACCUCGUCAGGACCAUUACUUCCCGGACCUCCAUCAUCUGAAGUUUGAGAUCGAGGAGGGCACCAUGUUGGACGGCCGACCGGUCCGCUUCGGCUACGACCCCGUGGAGUUCCCAGAGUUCAGCUGGAGGGGCUACGCUCAGAUGUCGCCUAUAGGUACCGAGGGACCACCAGAACCCAGUUCAAGGUGUCGGUGUCCGGUCGUGGGCUCUCCGGACCUUUUCCACGUGGUUCUAUGUUACGUGAACCGGGGGGCUGAGGACGUUUGGGGUCGGGUGUCGGUCUUGAGGAUGGAUGGAACUACUACUGUGGAAAACUGUUCAGAACAGUCCAAACAGAUCAUCUUUGCUCCCAGUGCAGAGCCUACGUUCCUUAAUGUCCCUCAGAACAACUUUGUGGAGCCGUUUGUGCUGAACCCUGGAACCUGGACCGUGGUCAUCGAGGCCGAGGGAAUCCUGCUGGAUUACCUGGUUCUGCUGCCCAGUGCCUACUACGAAGCUCCCAUCCUGCAGAUCCGGGUCACCGAGCCCUGCACCUACAGCUCUGUACCCGAUGCCAACCAGAACUGUCUCCUGUAAUUGUCUCUGGACGCCUUCACGUCUAUCUGGAACGAUGCCAGCUGCCGUAACGAUAACCACCUCCCGCGGCCCUGUCCCGUCGAGAAGGUGACGCCGCGACCGGACAUGGCGGUCUGCAGUGGAUACGAUAUCAGCGUCGAGCUGCGAGGACGUCUGCAGAGUCCAGGAGAAAACGUCCUGGUGGUCGAAUACGCCAGCGAAGAAGAACUACCGCAAACCCUGACGGUGUCGGUGAACGCUCCCGGAGCCCGGACUCACCAGCAUCGCAUCACUCUGUUGCACUGCAAAUACAGUUUCCUGUGUAGAGUCGUGGCCAUCGACGAUCAGAACAGAGUGUCCGUCUUCUCUCUUCCCUCGGACGCUGAAGUCCAGCUCGUCUCGGACCGAGCCAGCUUCUUCCUGCACAAGGCCUACCUGGUUCCUAAAGACCAGUUCACCAUGGAGUUCAUCGAGCCCAGAGUCCACUGUAUCAACCACGGACAGUUCUCACCUGACAGCUCGUCCUGCGUCGCCUCACGUUUCCAGACUCCGUCCAACUCCCUGGUCCUGAAGGAGGGCCAGAUGUCAUCGGUGCAGGAGCCCAUCCUGGCGGCUCCUGCGGCGGCUCCUCCUCUUCCUAUCCCACCAGAGCGACAGCCGUCCUGGACCGCUGGAGACCGGCCUCCGCACGCCGCCGACAACGCAGACCACAUCCGACUGGACUCACUGCAGAAUGCCGCAGUGUACUCCACCGCCGUCCAACCACCCGGCCGGUACGUGUUCAUUGGUCCACUACCACAGCCGCUCCACCAGACCUACCCGCUGCAGGUCUACAUCAACGGAGGUCGCAUCUGGCAGGGACACACCAACGCGUCCUUCUGUCCUCACGCCUAUGGCUGCCGUAACAUCCUGGUCUCUGAAAACCAGAUCAUCUUGGAUGUGACAGAUCAUGAGGUCUUCCUGACGGUCCAUCCAUGUGGGAAAACCCUGUGGACUGGAUUACGUCCUGUGGUUCCAGAGUCCAGUUACAGCUCCAGUUACCUGAACGAGGAACCGCUGGACAAGUCCUACGACUUCAUCAUGCAGCCUGCUGGACACAACAGCUUCAGCAUCAGUCCUUCCUCCUCCUCUCCCUUCUGUCUCCGUUCUGCCGUCUCUCUCUCUUCCUUCUUUAAUAAUGGCGCUCUGCCGUGUGCGUGUCAUGAGGUCGGCGCCGACCGCGACGGCUGCGACCCGUUUGGAGGUCAGUGCCACUGCCGACCCAACGUGAUUGGACGAGACUGUUCCAUGUGCGCCACGGGGUUCUGGGGGUUCCCCAACUGCAGACCCUGUGCCUGUGGGUCCCGGCUGUGUGAGCCUGUGUCCGGCGCCUGCCUCUGUCCUCCUCGGACCGUGCGUCCUGACUGUACGGUGUGUGAACCUCAGACCUUCGGCUGCCACCCGGUGGUCGGAUGUGAGAUCUGCAACUGCUCCCGGGUCGGCGUGGAGUCGUCCGACGGCGCCUGCGACACGCUCAGCGGACAGUGCAGGUGUAAGAACAACAUCGUGGGUCGUCAGUGCGACCGCUGCCAACCUGGUUUCUAUGGUUACCCAGACUGUCAACCAUGUGACUGCAACGAGGCGGGGACUGAGGAGGAAGUGUGUGACUCAUUCACAGGACAGUGUCUGUGCAAGGAGAACGUGCAGGGUUCUGCCUGUGACCGGUGCCGGGUCGGAACCUUCCACCUGGACCCCACCAACCCCAAAGGCUGCACCAGCUGCUUCUGCUUCGGCGCUACCGACCGCUGCCGCAGCUCCGACAAGCGCCGGCACCGAGGUCAUGGAUAUGGAGGGCUGGGUGCUGCUGGGAGCCGACAAACAGGAAGUGGCGGUGGUGACGGUGUAUCGGGUCAGGACCUGGUGGAGGCGGACCUAAGCGACGUCCCAGAUGUUUACCAGGACCUGCACUGGUACGCACCCAGGAAGUACCUGGGAGACAAGGUGUCGUCGUACGGUGGUUACCUGAGGUACCGCCUCCACACGCAGACCAUGAGAGGGGACGUUCUGGCCCUGCCGGCAGAGGCGGCCCGACCCGACAUCAUCCUGAAGGGGAACCAGAUGACCCUGGUGUUCAUGGAGAGGGAGUAUCCAUCACCUGAGGAUCCUCAUCUGGGGAUUGUCCACAUGGUGGAGGGGAGUUUCCGUCAUGCUCAGACCGGUAACUCUGUGUCUCGUGAGGAGUUGAUGAUGGUUCUGGUGGCUCUGGAGUCUCUUCAGAUCCGGGCCCUCCAUUCCCAGUCGGCCCACUCCGUGUCGCUGCGCGGCGCCGUGUUGGAAGGCGCCGAGGCCCUUCCCACCGGUCGCCAUGCCAACAACGUGGAGAUCUGCAUGUGUCCGGCCAACUACAUGGGAGACUCGUGUCAGUCAUGUGCUCCUGGUUUCUACAGAGACACCAUCGGCCUGUUCCUGGGGAAGUGCGUCCCGUGUCAGUGUAACGGACACUCGGACACAUGUCUGGACGGAUCCGGCGUCUGUUUGGACUGUCAGCACAACACGGCCGGCGACCACUGCGAGACCUGCCAGGGUGGUUUCCAUGGCAACAACAGCCUGGACGGACAGUCUGUGUCCUGUUCCAGUUGUCCAUGUCCACUGAGUGCCCCGUCCAACAAUUUUGCAGAGGGCUGUGUGCAGCGUGGGGACAGGAUGCAGUGUUUGUGUUCAUCUGGAUACUCGGGACCAAAGUGUGAAAGGUGUGCCCCCGGUUACUACGGUAACCCCAUGGUGCUGGGCAGCAGGUGCCAGCCGUGCCGUUGCCACGGUAACACAGACUCUAACAUGCUGUUCACGGACUGCCACCCUCUGACGGGUCAGUGUCUGAGCUGCAUGCACAACACGGCCGGAGCCCACUGCCACGUCUGCGCCGACGGUUACUACGGAGACGCCAUCCACGCCAAGAACUGCACCCAAUGCAGCUGCUCUCCCUGUGGGACAGAGUCAUGUGACCCUCAGACCGGUCAGUGUCGUUGUAAACCGGGGGUGACCGGUCCUCGGUGUGACCGCUGUGAGGAGGGGUCGUUCGGCUUCGACUCGUGCGCCGGUUGUCGUCGGUGCGACUGCGAUGCGUCGGCGGCGCUGGUCCAGCCAUGUGACCCUCAGAGCGGCCAAUGCGCCUGUCGACCCGGCGUGAACGGACCGAGCUGCCGCCAAUGUUCCCCUGGAUACUGGGACUACAGCCCCGACGGAUGCAAGAAGUGCGAAUGCCGAGGCGGACGCUGCGACCCUCGGACUGGAGAAUGUCGCUGUCCCGACGGGAUGACGGGGAAACAGUGCGACGUCUGUGUCAGUAAAUACAGCGUCGCCGUCGACCACGGACACGGCGUCCACUGUGAAGUCUGCGACAGCUGCGUCAUCGUCCUGUUGGAGGAUCUGGACAAGAUGGCCGCCGGCCUGGGUUCGGUGGGUGGUCAGCUGACCUCCCUGAACGCCAGCUCCAUUGCCUGGGCUCAACUACGCAACCUCAACCGAUCUGUGGAGGACGUGACCAGGGCGGCUCAGAACUACAACAGUACUAUGGACGACAGCCGCAACAGAGCCGACAUGAUGGAGGCGGAGAUUCAGAACAUGGACGCAGACAUCGACCAACUGGAGCAGAAGGCGAAGGCAACAAGCGCCAAAGUCCGAGACCUGCAGGACAGUACGACUCAGAGCCACCAGAGGGCGCUGGACCUGCUGUCCUUCAUCAACAACAUGACCAUGGACAUCAACGACAUCCUGGCGAUGGCGAACCGGUCCCUGAACGCCACGGAGGAGGAGCAAGACGACGAUGAGCGGGAGGUGAAGCUGCGGCAGGUGGAGGCGAUGCUGAGGGAGAUGAAGUACAGGAGCUGUGAUGGACAGAAGAGGAGAGCGGAGAGAGAGAGGGAGGAGGCGCGCAAAUUGUUGGAUCGAGUUUAUAAAGAACUGGCCGAUCGACAGCUGGAAAACGAGAACGUGUCCAGAGUGAUCCGAGAGCGUCUGUCGCAUUUCCACUCCCAGAUGAUGGACCUGAGAGACACCCUGAACGAAGCCGUCAACGCCACGGCAACAGCGGCAGAGAUCAACAACCGCAACCAGAAGAUGCUGGACGACAACAAGAGGAGGAUGGACGACCUUCUGUCCAAGGUCACCGAGGUCGGCGUCCAGUUACAGAUGGCAGAGGACGACGUGGCGCAGGUCAACGACGUCCUGUCGAUGCUGCAGGAUUCCAAAGAGGAGUAUGAGCGUCUGGCGGCCCAGUUGGAUGGAGCCAGGACCCCCUUGGCUAACAAGGUUCAGAACUUCGCCUGGGCCGAGUCCAAAAUCCCUCUGGUGGAACGAGCAGAGACGCACGCUGCGCUGCUGGAUGCCCUGGCCAUGAACCUGUCCAGUACGGUUGAAAACACUAAGAAGGACGGUUUCGUGGAUGUGACCCAGGCCUACAACAGGAUCAUCAACAGCAUCGCCGAGGCGGAAGAUGCCGCCAACAUGGCCGCCAAGGCUGCCAGCGACGCCCUGGAGAACGUGAAGAACCAGGACCUGGGCCACAUGGCCGAUUUCCUGAAGAACCACAGUGUGGAGCUGAAGGACGAGGUGGAGGCACUGAACCAGGACCUGGUCAAUGACCUGAAUCCUCAGCUGGAAAACGCUCAGAGUCGACUGGAUGAAGCCAAAAACAAACAGAAGAAUGUGACCGCAGAGCUGAAGAACCUGCAGAACCACCUGAAGAACAUCAGCUCAAAUGUGAGUCAGGAGAUCAUUGAGGCCAAGAACGUGGCGCAGCAGGCCAACGCCACGGCGACACGAGUCAACAACAUCCUGCGUCCAAUCACAGAGCAGCUGGACAAGUGGCAGCAGACGUAUGGAGACGCCAACGCCACCAACAGCGACAUCAACAGCGCCCUGAUGGAGGCCAACAAGACCGUGAACAUGUUGGGCGACACGCUGCCUCUGCUCAUAAAGAAACUGGAUAAACUGCAGAACCACUCGGCCCAGAUGCCCAACAUCUCUGAGAACAUCAACCGCAUCCGACAGCUCAUACAACAAGCGCGCAAUGCUGCCAGCAAGGUGAGCAUCCCGGUCAAGUUCAACGGAUCGUCCGGAGUUCAGGUCCGGAACCCGUCCAACCUGGCCGACCUGGCCGCGUACACCAACCUCAAGUUCUACAUCACGCUGCCAGAGGGGUCGAGAAGGAGGCGACAGGACGGCGGCAACAAGCAGUUUGUCUUCUACCUCGGCAACAAGGAUGCCUCUAAAGAGUACCUGGGCAUGGCUCUGGAGGGGCGGAGGCUGCGCUGGUACUUCAACGUCGGAGGAGAGACGGCGGAGGUGAUGAUGGCUGAAGACAUCAAGUCUGAUGGGAACUUCAACAGCGUCGUUCUGGAGAGGAUCCUGCAGUUCGGCCAAAUGUCGAUGUCGUCUGAAGCCAAUGAAGGAACCCAUAGAGUGACCAAAGCCCUCAUCGAGGCCGGGGGGGACCAGGGACUGCUCAGCCUGUUGACCGACGACACCGUCUUCUUCGUUGGUGGAUACCCCAGUAGUUUUACACCUCCUCCUCCACUGGCGCUGCCGAACUUCAGGGGCUGCAUGGAACUGGACUCUCUGAACGAGGAGGUGCUCAGUCUGUACAACUUCCAGAACAUCUUCCAUCUCAACACCACAGAGGAGAAACCAUGUGGCAGGUCCAAGCCGUUGUUGACUCAGGCCUGGGUGAAUGACGCUGCGUACUUCGACGGCACCGGCUUCGCUGAGAUCCCCAUCGCAGCGGCUCACACGCAGCGCUUCGACCAGGAAGUGAAACUGAUCUCACACAACGGGAUCCUACUGCUGCUGCACAACCAGGAUAAGUUCCUGUGUCUGGCGGUCAGACAGGGCAAGUUGAAGGUUUACUACGACUUCGAUGGGAAAAUGUUGGAGUUCCAGCCAAAGGACCCGAACUCUGACCUCCUGAAGAUCAGCGACGGCGAUACCAAAGCGCUGGAGAUCAUCAUCCUGCGCUCGCCGCAGAACCGUGUGGUGGUGAGGAACGACCGGAAGUCCCUGUACAUCGAACAGUUCAGCAGCAACAUCCCACCAUUCAACGGCAGCUACUUCCUGGGCGGAGUCCCAGAGAGUCACAUGCCUGAGGCGCUGAAGCCUCUGUUCUUGAACCAGGCUUCAUUAAAAGGCUGUUUCCGGAACGUGAAGGCUCUGACCUCACACAUCGACCUGAAGAGGAUGAAGAGCUCCGGCGUCAGCUUCGGCUGCGACAGCGACCUGCUGGUGGCUCGAGAGGCCCACUUCUCCGGUCAGAGUUACCUGACUCUGUCCAACGUCCCCACCCUCAGGAACAACUUCUACGCCGGCUUCAGCUUCAGGACGGAGCAGAAGGAGGGGCUGAUGUUCUACCACUGGGAUCAGGAAGGAGAGUGUCAGGUGUUUCUGCAAGACGGGCAUGUAGUGGUCAGAGCGGGAAACAAUCAGCGGAGGAGCCAGAAGACGUACAACGACGACAACACGCACUACGUCGCAAUUUACAACAACGUCAACGGGAUGCGUUUCUACAUGGAUGACGUCCUGCAGAAGUCCAAGGACACUGUUGUGCUCAGACCUGGACCUCCUCCUCCUUCAGGUGAAACCACGUUCCUGGGUGGAACUCCAGACUACAGCCUCAGGAACCUGACGGGAUGCAUCAGUAACGUCUUCGUACGGAGGGACACCAGUCCUCAGAUGGUUCUGAAUCUGCUCAAAGUCAAAGAGAACGUCAACGUUCCCAUGGACUGUCCUGCAGCCAAGAAGCCCCAGCAGAUCCGAGCAGCAACUGUGUCCAAACAGGGCAACAAGCACAAGGGAAAACAUCGGAAGCCGUCAGGGUCUCGCAGCAGAAACACCAGAGAGUCGUGUCGGGCCGAUUUGUCGGAUCAGGAACCCGGAGCGUUCCACUUCAGCGGAUCUUCACACAGUUUCCAUAGAUACGACGAACUCCUGGGAUCCGGAAACUCAAUGCCUCACAUCUCCAUGUCUCUGAGGAUCAACUCGUCUGAGGGGGCGGUGCUCCGGUCCUCUGGGGGGCGCCGUGGGGCCGCCGUCCUCUCACUGAGCGUGUCAGACGGACACCUGCUGCUUCUAUUGGACGGAGGGAAGAGGAAGGUCAGCCUCCGCAGCCGCAGGAAGUAUGACGACGACCAGUGGCACACGGUUUUUAUUAAACGUGAAGGAGACAAACUCAGUCUGAUCAUGGAUGGAGUCAGCGUUCAGUCCAAGAGGAUCACAGGAGACAGAAGCCGCCUCAUUGGACCGCUGUACAUCGGAGGAGCUCCGCCCUCACCGACGGUUCUGGGUUCUGGUGGCUUCAUCGGGUGCAUCAGAGACCUGACAGUGGACCAGGUCCCAGCGGGACCUCCGUCCUUCAGCCAGGGGACCGUCCCAUGUUUCCAGAACCCCCUUCAGGCUGGAGUCUACUUCUCUGGAGACGGAGGACACAUGGCCAUCGAUGAGUCCCUGGUUCUGGGUCGGGACCUGGAGGUCCAGCUGGACGUCCGGCCCGUCUCCCACUCAGGGCUCCUGUUGCAUGCUGGGACAUCACCUGACCAGCAUCUGACUGUGGUGUUAAACCAGGGACAGGUGCAGGUGUUUGUGAACUCUGGAACAGGUGAAUUCUCCGCCUCUUUAACCCCUGAAGAACCGUUAUGUGACAGACGCUGGCACACGAUCACAGUGGUGAAGAAGGACAACGUCCUGCAGCUCCACGUGGACUCGACUGGAGAACACAGCGUGGGCCCCAAACAGAACCGGUUCACAGGGACUAGGGAGACUGUGUACCUGGGAGGAACUACCGGGGGCGUCGGCCUGGUCCAUGCUUCACUGUCCGCUCUGACGCCAUUCCAUGGAUGCAUCCGCAAAGUCAGCAUCGACCGCAGGGUCACAGCGUUGUCCAAACCACUGAGGGUGCACGGAGCGGUGGGGACGCACGGAUGUCCACACAUGUAGACACACAGACAGACAGACACACAACAGACACACAACAGACAGACACACACAACAGACAGACACACACAACAGACGCACAGACACACACAACAGACACACAACA